AUGUCUUAGAGAUUAUUAAGAAAAUCUCGAACUAAUUUAGGUGACUAGAGUCAAAGCUAGAGUCAUAGUCAUACAUCACCAGUUAUGAAUGACGAUGGAUUAAGAAAUUUCAGAAUUGAAUUUUCAGAUUUAUCAAGAAAAAGACUAAGUGAUAGUGGAGAAAUGAAAGACCCAACUAUUUAUAGCAAAAAAUCAAGGCUUUCUUAGUUUUCUAAUAUUAAUCAUAGAUAAAGAGAUUAGAGUGAUCAUAAUAUUAGUGUUCAUCAAUACACUGCUACUACAAAAUAAUAUUAUCAACUGAAGUGGAAAGAAUUAAGUGGAUUACCUAAAUAAACUGAUUUACAAUAAAUACUUAGAACAUUUCUUACUAAAUUAAAAAGAAAUGCUAAUAUUUGGGAUUAAAUUAACAAUAAGUAUUGUUAUCUUAAAGAAUCUUAUCUUUAAGAUGAAGUUAGAUUAUAAUCAUAGUAUAUAUCAUAUAUGAGAUAAUCAUUUCAUUAUAUUAGAUUAUUAUCACUUUUAACUGUACCAAUAUAAGCUGGAAGUCUAUUUAUUGAUUAAUGGAUAUAAGGUUUAAUAAUUUUAUUUUUGGUGAUUGAAUUUAUUGAUUAGUUACUAAAAAUAAAAUUGGUUAAAUUAAAUGUUGUUUGUAAUUUCAUUUACAUAGCAAGUACACUUUUAUUAAAUUUUGAUCUUAAUUAAGAAGGUAAAAUAGUUUUAAUGAUAUUAUCUUUAACUGGAGUAAAAUAUUAAUUUUAAUGGAGUAAAAGUACUAUUGCAAUUAUAUUGUUAAUAUAUAUUAAUUAUUUCGCUAAUUUUUGGUUAUUAAUAAAUGAUAAUGAAUUAACAUAUUUAGAUUCUAUUAUUUGGACAAUAAAUAAUUGUGUAUAAUAUUCACUAUAAAUAGAAAGUUACCAUUUAAUGAAGUUGAUACCCAAAUAAUAAGUUAUAGAAAUAAGAUUAUAAGUGUAGUUUUUUAAAUAUUAUCAUUCUAUUUUUAGAUAUUAUUUAUAUCAAUUUUGGUGAAAUUUUCAUUUUCAACAAAUCAGUAUAUAUCUUUGUAUUUAUAUUAAAUUAGAUAAGAAUUAUUUAUUGAUUUCUUAAAAGUAAACAAAGUUGAUUAAAAUCUUAUUGAUGAAGCUCAACAUAUAUUGAAUUCCAAUAUUCAUUCUGAUGAAUUAUAAACAGUAAUAUAUAUUAAUCAAAUAAAUUAGGUUAACAAUUUAAUGUAAUAAUUACCUAUCAAUAUAUAAAAGCCAUUAUUCUUUUUAAUUAAAAAUAAGAAACUUUAAGAAAUUGAAUUCUUUACAUAAUAUUUCUCAAAAUAAUCAAUUGAUGAAAUAACAUUUGAAUCUGUAUUAAAAUUUUGCAAACCUAAUGAAAUUAUUGUAGAAAAAGGACAACAUGAUGAAUAUAUUUAUGUUGUCUUAUAAGGUGAAAUAGGAAUAUAUGAUAAUAAUAUUUAUCUUUAAAGUCUUCCAAAAAAUUAAGCUUUUGGAAUUGAAAAUCUAAUAAUGAAUUAAGGACAUAAUUUAACUAUGAGAAGUAAAGGAAAUUCAAUUUUAAUAUAAAUAAAUCAUUCUAAAUUUUUAUAAACUAUUAAAAAAAUCAAUAAUGAUUUAGAGAUUUUUCAUUCAAUAAAAAAUGAAGUAUUAUAUAUGAAUAGAAUUGAAUUACUAUUACAAUAAUGUUAUGUCUGUGGAUCAUAUUAACAUUUAAGUUCAUUAUGCAAUAGAGUUCAUAUAAAUCUCAAUAGAAAUCUAGUUAUUAGUAGACAUUUAUAUUCAAAACCAUAGAAGAGAUAAAAGUAUGAUAGAAAAUGGGAUCAAAGAGUUAAUUCAUUAUAUAAUUUUAAAUUGGUUAGAAGUUGUGGAAGAAGAUUAAAAAGAAAUUAUGGGAUUAAUUUUGUAGAUCCAGAGGCUUAUGAAAGAGGAGAACAAGAAUAUGAAGAAGAAGACGAUGAAGAAGUUUAUUAAGGACAUCUUUCUUAUAAAGACCUGACAAAUCCAUCAAGAGUAAUAAUAUGUACUAAUUUAAGAAGAGUGUUGAAGUUGUGUCAGGUCAAACUUUGAGAGAUAUCAUUUAUCAUGAUCAUAUAGAUAAUGAAGAAUAGUUAUAAUAUUAUUAAUAGUAAUAAGAAAUAAAUCGACAUUAAGCAAUUAAAUAAACUUUAUAAACAGCAGGAUUUUAAAAUGAAGACUUAUAUUUUGGAGAUGCAAUAAAUAUUCCAUUAUAACAUAAAUAAUUUACUUAGAAUAGUAAUACUUUCAAAUCAUCAAGUGGAUAAACAUAUUAAAGUUAAAAGAGUUAAUAAGUUAAAUAACAAUAAUAAAAUUAAUAAUAAUAACAAUAAGCAUAAUAACAAGUACCAUAUUAAUCAAAAACAUAUGUAUAAAGUCCUUUAGGAACAAAUCAAUUUUUAAUAGCAAAUAAUAGAAAUGCUUAACCAAAAUUAACAUUCUCUUAUGAUCCUUUCUAUCAUGAAUAAAAUAAUAAAUAAACUCUACCUCAACCUUAACCAGAAUAUUAAGCUAUGAUAAGACCAUAAUUUAGAUCAUCUACUAAUUAUAUUCCUAGUGGACCUACUUAAUUACCUGUUGUUUCAGAAGAAAGAGAUUCAUAAUUAAAUAUUCCAUAAAUGAAUGUACCUUAUGCAUCAGCUAUAUCAAUAAGUUCAGUUGGUAUUUCAAGUAUAGAUGACAUAUAAAGAAGAGAUGGAUAAAAUAAUACUUAUACUGGUCCUAGAAGGAUGACUUAGAAAUAGACUAAUACUAUUACAAGUACAAUAAGUCCAGAUAUUCAAAAGAAAAAAUCUAUUUCUGGAUCUAAUUCAAGAUCAUAUUCAGCUUUGUCUUCUAGGUAGAAUCAACAUUAUAGUGAUCUUGAUAAUGUAUUAUUUAGAUAUGAUGUGAAAGAUAAUUUUGAUAUUGAUUAGAUAGGAAUAUAUUAGCAAUUCAAACCAUAGAAUAAUUAUGAUUGUGUGGUUAAUUAAAUAAAGAUCUAAUCUAAGAAAUUAAUUAAAUAGAAGAAAAUAAAAUGA